AUGGAGGCUGGUGAAAUUGCUUUUGAUAGUAAUGGCGAACUUUUAGUUGGGACAUCUUAUACUCUCCCUAAUCUUGCCACCCACCUGUCGAAAAACGAGCCUUUUGAUGGCCCUGAAUUUGAAGGUGUCCAAGGAUCGCCUGCAAAGAAGAGGAAGAUCGAGACCAGCAAUCAGAAUGCACUAGAGAAAGAUGAAACUCCAGGUGUCACAAACUGUUAUAUUUUCAAGAGUCGGCUUCAAGAGUUUUGCCAGAAAGCUGGGUUUACAACUCCUGUUUACGAUACCAUCAAGGAAGGCCCUUCCCAUGAGCCAUUUUUCAGAUCAACUGUGAUUGUAAACAAUGCGAGGUACGAUUCUCUUCCCGGAUUUUUCAACCGCAAAGCAGCCGAGCAGUCAGCGGCCGAAGUUGCACUAGUAGAACUCGCCAACUCUGCUGAUAUGAAAUUCUGGAUCUCUCAACCUGUGCAAGAAACGGGCCUAUGCAAAAAUGUGCUCCAAGAAUACGCCCAGAAGAUGAACUAUGCCAUUCCUUUAUACGAGUGCCACAAGGUAGAAAAACCAGGCCGGGCCUCCGCAUACUCAUGUGUGGUCGAAAUUGGGGGCAUCAAAUACAUAGGAGCCUUAGCCAGCACAAAAAAGGAAGCUGAGAUCAAAGCUGCCCGAACGGCUAUGAUAGCCAUCCAAUCAUCUGUCUCCAACUCUGAAGAUGGGACUGGCAACUCUCUCUACACGGUUCUCCCACAGAAAAAGAAAUCAACUGUUAAUAACAAAACUAGUACGAGCACCAAGGAUAAUGCAAAACUGGGGCCCUCUAAAAAGAAAAAAGGCGGCUUUAAGAAGAAGAAGGCUUUCAAGAAGCAGAAGCCUGUUGAAGGGGAGAUCCUUCCGGAAGUGAAAAUGAACGGUGGGGAUGGAUUGGGGUUGGACGAGGUCAAGAUGGUGAAUACUUGUGAUCCGGGGGACUGUUGA